AUGUCAUUAACCAAAACCAAAAUCAGAUCCUUUUUUGGCGAAAAAAGACUCUACGCAGUAGCAGGCGCUUCCAAUAAUCCAAGCAAGUUUGGGUAUAAGAUACUCAAUUGGUAUAUCAAACAUAACAUACCUGUUAUACCUAUUAACCCCAAAGAAUCGGUGAUUUUAGACCAGCCAGUAAUUCAUAAUGUUUCAUCAGUAAUCCAAGCUAUUGAAAACCACAAGAAAUUGGGAAAUUACAAUACUGCCGAGGUUGAUGGGCUCAGUAUAUCAUUUUUGACCCCUCCCCAUGUUACUGUAGCAACAUUGAAAGAAAUUGGCGAAAUUGAAGGCUAUAAGAAUGUUAUUAAGGGGUUAUGGUUUCAACCGGGAAGCUACGAUCAAGAUGUAUUGGACUUGGCUAAGAAAUUGGGCGAAUAUGACAAAGUCAUUGAAGAAGAUGAAUGUAUCUUGGUGAGAGGUGAAGAAGGAUUGCUCUCUGCUAACUUGUAA